UACUAAUUCAUCAUCAGUAGUGGACAUGAUAGACGAAUCGUCCAGCCAUGGGCUGCUGCCAGGAAAUGGAAACGUAUCAGAAGCCAAUCAUCCCCCUAAGAAUCAUAAUCCAUUCAGUAAUUCCUCGACUGACGUCACAAGUCCCAUACCCUCCUCCCAAUAUACAAGUUCAAUUAUUGGAAAUACUGAAUUAAUCAAAUAUCCAUUUAAAACUAUCAAUCGAAUCUUAGACGAUUUGAAGUAUGCGGUUCCGUUUAUGGCCGAACACUCAACUAGUUUAUUACAGUCCAGACCGCUUGAGUAUUCGACAGAACUUAGUCGCAUGACUUCCAAUCCUCAAUAUCAUUAUGAUGUAUUAACCCUUAAUAAUUCCUUACCAUUUUCUCCAUCAAUUGAGAAGAUUGACGGUCUGCCUAUUCGAGUAGCACUUAUUCGAGGGUUGAUUGUUCGGAAUGAAAAUGAUUAUUACCAUUUUAGAAUCAUUAUAGUUGAAUCAAGUACUAACCCGUUUGUCAGCCAUGUUCUUGAUAAACAUGAGUAUCAUAUUAUUCCUCAAUCAUUACUAUCUAAUGAUGAUUUGAUUAGUUUAAGAAGUGAUGAUGCCGAUCAGUCAAGUAUCUUUGAUGAUGCAUACUAUAAGAGUGCCAAUAGUCCAUAUCAUCAACUCUUACGAGUGACUAUAUUUCGUCGAGAAUUCACUAAACAAGAGUUAUUACCAUUCAUUGAUCAACAAACGAUUGCUAAACGAUACUCCGAUGGUAUGAAAACCAAUCCCACCCUUUCUCCCGAUACGAUUCCUAAUGUAAUCCAUUGUUUUAAGACGCUUAUUAAAGUGUUAAGAGGCCCAAUUUUACUUGAUCCCAAUGAUUCAAUUAAAACCAUUAGCCUUUCCAAUCCUUCAUUAAGUGCUACGAUUGAUGUUCAGUUCUUACUUGAACGUUUGGGAUUCACCCUAAAUGCCGAAGAAACAGAACUAAUUCCUCCCAAUCUUGUAUUAUUACCUCGAUUAAAGGAACUGUUCAUUAGAAUGAUUCAAGAGUUGAUUUAUUUAGGGAGAAUCUAUGGUAAGCUGGUUGCUACAAAUGAUUUCCAAACGGCUUAUUCGUAUUCGGAUAAUUUCAAUUUGGUGUUUGGAGCCAUUGCUGAAUAUGAUAAACAUAUAAAUCAGACUCAAUUCGUUAAGUAUACCACUAACGAACUUGGGUUCUUUAUCAAUCUUAGUUGUAGUCCGUAUUUUCAAGAUGAACUUAUCAUUAAGUGUUUUGAGAAUUCCGUUAAAUCCGACCCUUCCAAUAGAUUGUACUAUGUGGAUUCAUUAAGAAGUGUGGCUAGUUAUAAGUCGAGUUCGACUAAGUUGAAUUCGUACAUUAAGAACUUGUCUGCGCAGGGAGAGAUGAUUGGAUUCCGUGAUUAUGUGGAAUCCAUGAAUGCUAUAGGGAUAAGUGUAGGUGGAGCUGGUGGUACUACUGAACUCAACGAUAUUGACGAUGACUUUGUUGUGGCCAUGUAUAAGACCAGCUUUAAGGAUGAUCCCAAGAAUUAUCAGUACUACAAUAACCAUUUGCAAGUGAUUGCCAAAGUCCGACAAUCCGUCAAGUUGUGGGAGUAUAUCCAUAACGAGAUAGUCCCAUUAAACAUCGCGCUAGACGAAUUAACUAUAGAAGAAAUCACAGAAGAUGAUGUGGUUAUCACGGCGUAUGAAUACCGACUCGAUGAGCUAGCGCAGGCCACGGGGUUCCUGAGUUCUGCUAACGAAAUAGCGUUUCUCAAUAAGUCGCUCUUGUCGGUGGCAGUCAAUCGGAAGAGUUACUUGUUGUUGAACUAUAUAGAAACCAAAUUGCCCGAGAUAAGUCGCAUACCCCCUGCUACUACCACCACCACUACUACCACUGCUAGUGCUUAUGAGACUUUCGGUGUUAGUCGUACCAGUUCCGACUUUGAACUCAUCACGGCGUUCCAGAACAAACUGAAUGAUACCACCAGUGAUAUCCGCCACUUACGGUAUAGCUUAAAGCUUAUUGCAGAGAGUCGCAAGUCCGAUAUCCUAUUCAGUUUCCUCAAGAACGGGAAAGUGGAUCCGUCCUUGCUUCCGGCCGAAAACUGGCCUGCGGGUUUAGACAACAUCGGUAACACCUGCUAUUUGAAUUCCCUAUUACAGUACUACUUCUGUAUUAAACCCCUACGCGAAUUGAUCUUACAAUUCGAUGAGUCUCAAGUCGAUUUCAGUCGCUUCGGUCAUCGCAAGAUUGGCGGGAGACGGGUCGAGGAUCAGGAGAUCACUCGGUCCAAUCAGUUUAUCUAUCACUUGCGGUACUUGUUUGACGAGAUGAUUCAUACGAGGAAACGGUGUGUGCAGCCCACCAAGGAGUUGGCAUACUUGUCGUUCCUUGCGUUAUCGCAGUCGGUCGACUUCCGAGAUGAUGCGGAGAUCAUUGAGAUUAGAGAUGAGGACGAAGAGCUUGAGGCUCAUGUUGUUGAAGAAGAACAGGAAGUUGUCGAUGACGACGACGAUGACGAUGAGCCUAUCUUGGUAGACUCGGUAUCGCCGCCCGACGAUGUGGUGAUGCUGGCCGAUGACGAUAUCGAAGUGAUCUCUGCGGGCGAGUUCUCUCGCUCGCACAGUGACUCGGCCGAUGUUGAAGUUGAACAAGUGGAACAGGUUGAAGAGGUGGAACCAGUAGAAGUCGGCCGCACAGGACCUCCGUUAUUGUCGAUCAGUACGGAUCAAAUGGAGAGCACUAUAGAAGUUGGACGCCAGCAGGAUGUGACUGAGUGCAUAGAGAAUGUGAUAUUCCAAAUCGAGACUGCCUUAGCCCCCGAGAAGUUGGAAGAAGACGGAGAACAGAUCGAUUUGAUCAAGCGACUUUUCUACGGUAAGAUUAAACAAACCAUCGUCCCCGUAGAUCCGCAGAAUCCCACCAUAACGACUGGACCCGCUCGAAUUCUGAUAGAACGAUUCUUCAGUCUAAUCAUCAAUGUGAGUGAUCAUCCGAAGAACAUUUAUGAUACAUUAGAUAACUAUUUCAAUGAGGAUCUAAUCAGUUUAGAGGAGGGAUUAUGUAAGAAGUCCAUUACCGUUAAUGAGUUACCGGAUAUCCUUCAAUUCCACGUGCAACGGGUUAUGUUUGAUAAGGAGAAGCUCAUGGCCUAUAAGUCACUUGAGCCCAUUCCAUUUCUGGAUAAGAUCUAUUUGGAUCGGUACUUGGACACCGAAGAUGCGGAGAUGUUACGGCUCCGUCAAGAGGUGUUCCAAUGGAAGAAUGAGAUGAGUGUGAUCAGUCAGGAAAGAGCUAAGCUCACAGCCAUUGAUCCUGAUACAAAGCUCUCGAUCAUUGAGUCACUCAAAGUCACUAAGAAGUACUUGGAGACGAUUGAAAGCGACGAGAGUAUUGAGCUCACGAUCGAUAGUAAGUCCAUAGAACAGAUUGAACUUGUAGCGCAACAGCUCAGUCAUACUCUAGAGCAGUAUAACGAGCGACUUGGGCAGUUGCAGAAUCUUAUAGCCAAUCAAUUCUCCAACUAUAAACGCGUGGGGUAUACGAUAUUUGCUAUAUUCAUUCAUCGGGGGGAAGCCAGUUAUGGUCAUUAUUGGAUUUAUAUUAAGGAUCCGCAUCGUCAGGAUAUCUACCGAAAGUAUAAUGAUGAGAUUAUCACCGAGGUGUCAUUACUGGAGGUGUUUAAUUUCGAUGAUACCAAUACGGCAACUCCGUAUUAUAUUGUCUAUGUUAAGCAAGAGCUUGAGAAGGAGUAUGUGGAUCCGCUCAAGAGAGAGCUCGGUAGAGUAUAGAAGUACCAGUACAAGUAGCAGUAAAUGUAAGUAAUACCAAUAUAUAUUAACUAGGA